AUGUUUAAUAUAACUGAAGAAGAAAAAAAAAACUAUGUUGCUGACAAUAUAGCAGUUGAUAAUAUUACUGCCAACAAUAUUACUGCUGAUAAUAUUAUUGCUGAUAAUAUUAUUAUAACACUGAAUUUUAAAAUAAUUUCAAUUGCAAAUAAAUAUCUAUUUUCACAAGAAAAUAUUAGAGAUUCUGAUAUUUCAAAGAUGAAGGGAAGGCCAAGUAGUACUAAGUGUGAAAAUACAGGUACUAAGCAUGUUACUAAAAAAAUAUAUACAUAUAGUAUUUGCAAAAGUGCUGAGCAUAAUUCUAGAAGUUGCACAAGAAGAUAA